AUGUCCUCCCAACGACGAAAACCAGUUGUUGAACGAUGGUCCCUGUAUCCAAGACUCCACGAUAGAGUAGCACGCUUGCUAAAAGAAGAGGGUCUCAAGUUCAAAUUUUACAAUGUCGACAACGAUAUAAACGACAUUGACGAGUGCGACACUAACAUCAUGGGUCGGUUUAAAUGUCACAACCGCGGGUGUUCCUCCUCCGGAUGGUCGAGCAAGAAAAUCGCCAUUACGAUACGAAUGUACCCCGGAUAUAAAUACAAUGCACGGGUGUAUCAUCAACGCUGCAAGAGCUGCAACAAUCUCAGUCGCCCGGUUCUGGACGAGUCAUAUGCCGAGAGAGUCACAUACUGGAUCAAAAAGUGGAAUGGAGUUGAGGUGGAAAGGCCUGAUAUAUCCGGUGAAAGCAAUAGUCCGCACAAUAGCCAGCUAUGUGAGGGAUGUAAAGCCGGUCAUUGCAAUGGGUUUGUGGAUGAUUGGGAGAUUGAUUGA